AUGUCAGCGCCGAGGUCGCAGACCAUAUCCGGCCAGGGCGAAUGGCUCGAGACAACUCACUGCGCCGAGGCAGCCCGAUGCAAACACAAAAGUCGACGAAACUCGCUUGUUGUGCUCUCCAGCAUCAUCUGGUCACGACUCACAGGAUACCGGACGGACCAGGAUAGCGUCAAGGGAGCCGCCCGCCUUUGUCGAUGA